AGAGAGACAGAGACACAGUGAGAGAGGGAGGAAGAGCGGCUUGGAUUUCUGUUCGGACAAAUGUGAUCUGACCUGCGUUGAUCUAGAAGUGUGAGCCCUUCCUCCAUUCAGUGAGAUUUUUAACCAUUUUCAAAGUGUGGCCAGUGCGUGUCCUGGUGUUGUUUUACCGGACCUUUAGCCACACUUUGCGCUGCUGGAAUGCACUGUGCACUUUGCAGCUCGGUGCCCGGAUAACUCCUGCUUCGCUUUUCCUCGACCGGGAGUUCUAAAUGAUCGACGGAAGGACAGACUCUUUUCGUCAGCCUCGUCCCCCGCGCACUCUGCCCGGUCGCAGCCGGACCGAAGGCCGGUGAGCCCGCUAUGAGCGCUUCCUUUCCGGGCAUGGACGGUGGCCGGGCGGGGCUCCGGCAGGCGGAGGGCGGAGGAAGAGGAGGCGGGUGGACGCUCGUGGAGGCUCAGCUGCAGGGUGGAGCGCCGUGGGGCUUUACGCUUCAGGGUGGCCUGGAGCACGGGGAGCCGCUCAUCAUCUCCAAGGUGGAAGAGGGCGGUAAGGCCGACAGUUUGGAGUGCCCGCUUCAGGUGGGGGAUGUGAUUAUCAUCAUAAACGACAUUGAGCUGACAGGUUAUCGUCAGGAAGCCAUCGCCCUUGUCAAAGGAUCAUACAAGACUCUACAGAUCACCGUCCGCAGGGAGUUUGAUCCUGGAUACAUUGAGGAAUUUGGGUCUUCACCUCCCUCAUAUCCUCCUUUUUCUGCUCCUUCCCCUCCUCCUCUUUCUUCUACAUCACCACCACCGCAUCAACAACAACAAAAAACAACCCAUCGCAGCAGACCAUGUUCAACAGGAGGAGUCCAGCUACGCAUCAAGAACAGACGCAGUGAGACGGCAUCUCGUCCUCACUCGUGGCAUUCAACAAAACUGAGUGAAGGUCAGCAGGAGUCAGACCAGGAAGGGAUGGUCACCAUGAGCAGUGGCUGGCACAACAAUUACCAUGCAAGUGCCUCCACCGCUGACCUCUCAGGUGGGUUUGAGUCGGAUGGCGGCUACCUGAGGAAGAGUCCUGACCAGUACAGCUCAAGAGGCAGCAUGGAGAGCCUGGAUCCUCCUCAGUCUGCACACCUCCAGCACCAUCACACACUGGGCCAUCACACCCACAGUGCGCCUCACCAUGCCUACUCCUCCUGCCAACAGCUUUCCUCUUCCAGGUCCUCCAACAGCAUUGACCACCUCCACAGCAAGCGAGACUCUGCAUACUCCUCCUUCUCCACCAGCUCCAGCAUCCCGGAGUACCUUGCCUCUGCUCCCACAUUCAGUCCCGAGCGCUCCUAUUCACUGGAAGCUGUGCCCCAGAGAGAAGGAAGUGGAGAGAUGCAACAAGCUGACAUGCGUUACAUUCGGACAGUUUACAAUCCCCAGCAGGGGCUCUCUCAAGAGCAGGAAUUGAGCUCUCCGUCGGCUGUAUCACUACGUAACAGUGAUUCAAGGAGUUGGGAAGGAGUGAAAGGAGGGCAAAGCAGAGAUCCACCAAGUAGAGUCUGUUACCGUGGCAACAGCAGCGGAGGUAAUAGCAGUAGUGUGCUGGCUGCAAACAGGCACAGUGUAGGUGCAAUAUGGGCUCCUGGAACAAGUCACAGCUCUUAUGAGAACCUGAAGGGGGCACCUGCUCCGCCGCGACGCAGCGACAGCUUUGCAGCCAUCAAAAACCACGAGAGGCCCAACUCUUGGUCCAGUGUGGAGCAACCCCGGGCAGUUAAUAGAUCUCUGCAGAAGGGCUCCUAUCAUCACUCCAGUGGCCCAGUUGUCUCAAGUACAGCCAAAGGCUCGUGCAUCACUGAGGGUCAGCUCCACACAGUCAUAGAAAAGAGUCCAGAGAGCAGCCCCACCACAAAGCCCCGACAGGGCUUUCCCCUGCCAGGGUCACCUUCUGGACCUUCCACAAGCCUUUCAAGCCCAGUUCCCCCAUCAGGACGCCUCAUUCUGCCCACAGGAGUGUACCCUGUACCGCAACCUGAGUCCCACUAUGCACAGAUACCCAGUGCAAGUCCCAUGUCACCAUCCUUGGGAGUCUAUCCUGCACUGGCCAAGGACAGCAACCGGCAGCAGGAGCAAAGCCUGCAGAACGCCAGAGGGCAAGAGGAGGAAGCAACUGAGCAAUGGAGAGAUGGAAAACUGACAGCUAUUGAAAAAGGUCAUCAAAUGAACAUUUCAUUGCCAUACUCCAACUCCAUUGUUCCAACAGUUGCCACAUUGCAGUGCAGAGCACAUGAGUCGGACAGGAAUCAACAGGAGGAUAAUAAUUUUGGACACAACAGACCCUUUCCUACUGCAGGGAGAUCCGAGAGCCAGGCAGGGGCCAACAUGUUUCAUCAACAGCAGGGGUCUCAGUCUCACAGCCCCCAUCACCUUCAUUUGCAUUCUAACCAAGGACCCCGCAACCAAAUGUUACAAGAACAAGAUUUACGAAGUCCCCAAACUCAGUCAACUCCAGCUCUUGGGUCCCAGAACUACCAAGAGCGGAGGGACCCUUACACAACUGGACAGUCUGAGGGCCAAAUUAGAAGAUCAAUGGACCAAUCCAACCUUCAUCCAGAGCCAAUGUCAUAUUCCAGAGUUGCCCAGGGACAAGUGCCACCUUCUCAUUCACCAGUUCACCCUCAGCACUCCUCUUCCUCCUCCUCCUCCUCCUCCUCCUCCUCUACUCUGGCCUCUAUCCGUCACCACAGUGACUCAGUAGCACUUCAUUACCAUCGCUUGGACCAGAAAGAGCAGAACAGAGACAAAGAACACCCGCUGACCCGUCUCGAGAAUGCCCUUGUAGAGGUACAGCGUUGCACCAGCCCUAACACUGGUGUCUCUGCCAGUAGUCAUGACAACAAUACAUUGGGUGAGGGUAUCCAGGGACCCACCCGUAGUCUCUCCGUCCUCGAGAGGGUCAGUCGCUUUGAGCAUUGUGACAGAGCAGGAAACCAACAUAGUUACAGCAUUGGUCAUGGUCACCACAAAAACUCUUUCCAUAGGGUGACUGACAAAGCCCACGGUUCCCCCUGUGGAGCAGAAGACCUCAGAAGCAUGCUCGAAAGAAGCACCAGCAAAGCCCAUAGAACUAUGAGCUACAGAGGAGGCAGCGUCAACUACAAGAAAGACAGGACUGCACCUGAUCCCAGUUCAGCCCUGGAGAGGAGCCUCAGCAGCCUCCAGCUGGAUGGAUCCAGGGAAGAAAAUGACAGCAAGACCUCUAGGAAACAAAAUGUCCAGAACAUUUUGCAGGAAACGUCCUUCCACAGAUCUUACAGGAACUCAUUGAAAGAUGCGCAGUCCAAGGUCCUGCGUUCUACCUCCUUGAGACACAAUUUCUCCCCCGUUUGUCCCUCACGUGCAGCUUCUUCUUCCAAUUCCUCCUCACCCAGCAGCCAUCAGCCUCUGCCUUGCCUGGGCAACCACCCCCACUCAGAGAAGAAAGGCCCUAAAACGAUGCCCAAACCACUGAGCAUUAUCUCUGCUCCAGUCGUAUCCCCUCACACGCCAAAGGAGCGGCAUGUCGUCGGCCCAGAGAUUCGAGGCCCAAGUCCCCCGGCCUUGCCCAGCGUCCCGCCAGUUGGAGCUCCUGCUCUGUUGCGAAUCUGCGGACGCAGACGUCUGACCGCAGACCAGAAGAAACGCUCCUAUUCUGAGCCAGACAGCAUGAAUGAGAUUGGGAUUUCAGAUUCUGAGACAUCUGGUCUCUUCAAGCUUGGAGGAGAGACCAGUGUGGCUGACCGCCGAAAGAUGUUUGAACUUGGCUUUGCAAACAAUGCCAUAUCAAGGCCCGACUUACGUCAGCUUCAGCAAGAUGCUGUGGCUCAGUACGUGCAGAGGAAGAGAAGUGAAAAAAAAGACGAGGGAAGAGAAAGGAGUGGGCCAAGGCCUCUCUGCGCUUAUCUACAGUCAGAAAAAAACUACCAUUCAGACACCCUCAGCCUCUCCUCUACCUCCAGCCUGCUCUCUGUCCAAGACUCUGGGCUGGAUCGCAGCCUUUCCUCGAGUGAGAGGCGUCACUACUCUUCUCCUGGAGCUGACUUGCAAAGCCUUCAGUCUAACUUGUACUACCCAGGCAGAGUGACCACUCCGAGGCCUCCGUCACACCCACCACGUGAGGACUCUCCACCAGAGCGCCACACCUCCACCACCCACCUCCCUUCUAAUUUCGUUCAGGAGUCAGGCUCCAAUAAACAGAGUCCAACUCGGUCAAAAGAUUCACAGCAGACCGCAAGGCCUCAACAGAACUGGGUAGGGCCCAAGCAGGCAAGCGGGUCUUUGGCAAUGGUUGGAUCCAUCCUGGGCUCUGGCAAAUCCGCCUCCGUUGAAGAGCUUUUGGAGCGAUCAGAGGAAAGGCUUCCAAACCACUCUCGCUCUCGGUCUUCCCCCACUCUGGAGAGAUUGAAUAAGGACUCCCUAUCAGAUCAAGUGAAGAUGUUUGAUGCCUUUGUGUCUGAGCCUGAACGCUGCGCUAAGACUGAUGACAGCGCUGGAGACAACAAGCCACUGGAGGGCCUCGCAUCUCCUCAACCAUCACUGAACAACGCUCAGAACACCCAGCCUGCUGAUUGUCCUCUCAGUACAGCCUUCUCCCACUCCCCUGUUCCUCUGAGGGACAGACAGCGUCAGAGGAACAGUGAGCGUCAGCGAGCCCAUAGCAUGUCCUCUCUUGCAGCCUCAGUUGGUCUUCCUUGCCCCCUCUCCUCUGCGUCUGGUUCUCAGGAAGGAGGUGGCACCGAGUGGCAGUCCAGUCAGGGUCUAAGUCAAGCCAAUCUGGACAACAUCGCCUUCCCAGGAAUACCCCGCAGCAGCUUAGCUGAAAGUGCUGGUGGCACGAAAGGUGGAGCUGUCAGCCUCGAUGGCCACCUUGACUCCUUUGUGAUGGAAAAACCAACGAGGCACAGUCUGAGUGAUGCUUGUAUAUUAGAAGACGCUACAAAGGGUGCUCACAGAGAGAGGUUAUUUAGUUUAGAGAGAAGAGGAGGGCGUUGUGAAGAAAACAAACAAGUCUCUUCAGUGACAUCAUCCCCGCUGCAGUUUGCAUCCACACCAGACAGGAAGCACAGUGGGAAUAUCGAGUCGCGUCCUUCUCCAUCCUCUCAUCAGUCUGUGCUUCAGAACCUUUCCUCACUGAAGAGUUUAGAGUCUAGCCUCAACAGCUCCACUGACCAACAACAGACAUCAAUAACAUCCACAGGACUAUUUAGUGAGGACUUGGAUGAGGUAUUUAUUCUGAAUCCUGCACCUACAUCACAUUCUCCUUCAAUCAAAGAGAUGAAUAUCAUGGAAGACAUCCCUCUGCCACCCCCUCCUCUCCUUGAGUUAGACCAGAAAAAUUCUGUGCAGAUUGCGGGAAGCCUACCAAGCCUACUGCCAUCCUCGAAGCCGCGAACGUCCACCCUCGCAUCCACGACUUCUAGCCUGGAGACCCUACAGUUUGACAACACACUUAACCUUGAGUACCAGCCCCUGCUCAAGAGAGAGAAGACAGUGGAAGAGCUGCAAGUGGAGACGCUGGCACGGCAGCUGGUAAUGCAGGAUCGCUCUCUGACACCCAUCCUACAAACAUGGGAGGGUAAAUCACCUGUUGAGCUUGUGGAGGAGAUCUUUCAAAACAGCAGACUGGGUGCUAAAGUGCCAUGGCAAGCCAGGGGUAGCCCAUUAAAUGACAGAGUUGAGGACGGUGUCCAAACAGAGGUCAAUCAACGGACUGAGAUGGAGAAGGAGAAAGACCUCAACAGCAGGAAGGUGGAGCUGUGCGAGGCUCUGAGGUGCAGUGUAGUGGUUAUGCGCCAAGAGAAGGAUGCUCUGUGCGAGGCGACGAGGCAGCACCAGGCACUCGGGGCCAGCAUUGACUCUCUGGUGCACAAACUAUGCAAGAUAAAUGAGAGGGACAAGUACAGCAUGUUCAUAGGAGAUCUUGAGAAAAUUGUGAACCUGCUGCUGUCACUGUGUAGCCGGCUGUCGAGGAUCGACAAAUCUUUGCUCGCUUUGCAACAAGAAGAGCUCGCAAAGGAGGACACUUCAGAGGAGCGGGACUCCCUCCAUCACAAGCGCUCUCAGCUCCUCAGUCAAACGGAGGAUGCCUGGGAACUGAAGGAAAACCUGGACCGGCGGCAGCGCGUUGUUCAGGCCAUCUUGCGAGGCUACCUCACUGAACCCCAGCUCCAAGACUACCGCCAAUUUGUCAGCGCCAAACCUUCCCUACUGAUUCGCCAACGGAACCUCGAUGACCUCAUACAUCAGCGCGAGGAGCAGCUCACAAGGCUGGCAGAGACCCUCCCGCCAGAGCUGGCGGUGGCUCAAGAUUGGUCGAGAGGAUCUUUGCGUUUGUCCCCGAGCCCCAUCUCUUGCUCCUCUCCCUUCCCGCAGCUGCUUUCCUCCUCUCCGAUUCCUGGCCACACCCACACGGCCAGGUCCACCACAGUGACGUCACUGUAACGUCAUGAAACAGCAGCUGUGUAGAAACUAAAAGCCAACUCAGAAUUGGGGAAGUGGGCCUGAUCUUACUGAAUCUAUGCACACAGUAUGUCACACAUGAAGCAAGAAACACUGUUAUGUGCCUCGUUCUAUUCACACCUGACUGAAACUUGUACAUGAGAAAUAAUAACACAUUUGCCCAACUGCUGCCAUUUUUAUCUACUCUGUGAAGGUUCACCAGGUUGAAAAGGCCCAAGAAAAGUAACUGUCCAAAACUUACAAGAUAAUUUGUUUUUUAAUAAGGGUCAUUUUCUUCCAACUUUUUUAGGAAAUACUUGACACGUUAACUUGCGAUAUUUUUCCGAGUUAAGACAACGGCUGCAAAGCCUUCAAUAUGAAAUAUUUAAAGUUUUUCGACUUUUACUCAGACAGAAUAUUCAGUACAUGACAGAGGAGAAUGGACUGUUACUAAAAUACUGUGAAUACCGUGAGAAUUCGGUGAAAGGUCCUGUCAUGCAGCUGCACCGUUCAAAAGGCACAAACGGUGCUCUCACUUAGGUAACUUUGAUUUUGCUCAUAUAGAUAAGCAUGUUUGCUGGUGGCCAAAGACAAAAUAAUAACAAUAGUAAAUUGCCACUAAAAUUGAACACCACUUAUUUUUAUGCUGAAACACUUGAUGUCAAACGAGGAGGAGUCCAAAGAUUUGGAUGGAUGCAAUGUUGAACGCUGUUUUGUUUCAUAUUUACAUUUUUUUGGUUGGCCCUAACUUAUUGAUAAUAAUAUAAAUCACAAAAUAAGCCAGUUUUCACAUUUGAAUAUAAAUUAUUAUUAUAGAUUUAAGGAUAUAAUAAUUCUAGUAAUUAAUGGUUCUUGAUCUCAUAAUGCAUUAAACUGGACUCACUAUACUAUUAGGGUUACGCCUUUCAGAGCCCGUUGUGUUUUCCUGGUCUUAAGAACCCACAACCUAUGUCAUUAUAUAAUAUCAAAUAAUAUAAUAUUUGUUGUCAAACAAUUGGAAGCAACAGAUGGAAAUGUUGGCCAUAAAAAAAAAUGUUUUUAAGGUUAUCUACUGGUGACUAUGCACUUAUCCACUGAAUACAACUCUUUAGAGGUUCAUCCAAUCGGACCACCUCACGUUAUCCGAUGUCAAAUAUAAGUUAAACGUAACAUUCUUUAUUGAGGCAGCAGUGCAGAUUUAAAAAAAAUCAUUUUAACAACUUGAGUACACGUUUUAUCAUGAAAUGUCUAUCUAAGGGCAAUAUUUUAUCUUACACCUACAAAUGUUCCUGUUUUUUCUCUCUCUUUUUUACUUUGGAGAGCACAUUUUAUAUAUCGUCAGUCUUUCCUACUCUCCAAAUAUCACACACAAAACCUAUCACACUCACUUUUUGAUUUAUUCCUCAUAGGCACAACAGAUUAUCCCAGAUGUGUUUUGCCGGUUGACUUGCUUGAUCUAUAAAAGAUGGAUGAUUGGAAAAAUACUCCUGAUGGGUUUUUUUUUCUGUUUUUUGUUUUUUUGUUGUUUUUUUUGCUAAAUAAAUAUAUUUUGUAAAUGCU